AUGUUGGCGUGUCAUAUCUGCAGAUUGAAGAGUAGGAUCCAGAUGAGCGCAGAGUGUUCCUCAUGCCCACUGUCAUUCUGUGAGCUCUGCCUCUACAAGUACCACGACACCCUCUGGACAGACAUCGCCAGCAAGCGGUCAGGCUGGAAGUGUUAUCGGUGCCAAGGCGUAUGUCCAUGUACCCAAGGCGACAAGCGGGCCGCGGCAGGAUGUGCACCUCUAGAGGCAUCUCACACAAAAUCACUGUGGUUCACCCGACCCGAAGAUGACUAUCGGAAUCACGGCGGCGUCAGCGAUGACCUGGAACCUUCUGAGCAGGAAAACGUUGCACUGGGCGAAGACGGCCGGAACGAAAGACCCCAGAUUGCACAUGGUUCGCAUAUAUCCAAGUGGACCAAGGGAAGGUCGACGCGUGCAGAUGGUAUGUCGAGUACCAGCACUUUGCGACGUAGGCGGUCGUUGACGCCUGACAGUCAGUCAACCAGCACCAAGAAGGGCAAGAGAUCGCGCAGCGCUGUGGGCGAUGAUGAUGACGAUGAAUGGAGAGCCAGACCCAAGGCUGCCCGUGGGACGCUUACCAAGAGGAACGAGUUGAACCCAGCGCACGCAGACGACCUCUCAGACACCAACGGCAAGAGUAACGACAGGCGUUCACUCCUCACAAACGCACCGCCCAUCAACCUCAGGAAGAGCAAGACAAGUCAACGACCAACCACAUCGGAGGCGGCCUUUAAUUUAUGCUUGGGCGAGGACGAGGAAUUUGUGAGAACGAUGGCCGAGAGGGCCGGAUUGCCUCGCACACUCGCAUCACUGGCCAAGUUGCAAUUGGUACCAGGGAUGACCACCCGCGAUAUUGUCAAGUUGGAUAAGCGUUUAACUUCGCUGGACCUCGCUCUCCGAGCGAGUUUCCGAGAGGAUCUCAUGGACAAGAUAAAACAGGCGCGCGUUGAGGAGGAUAAUGUGACGAACGGGCAUGCCGUAGGUUCAAAGCGCCUGCAGAAGCAGCUCAAGGAGAAGGAGGGUCCGCAGAGUUGA